ACAAAUAUUUUUUUAGAUAAAAUAAUGUUGAAUUUACACUAUUAUUUAUAAUUUAUUUGUUGUAAAAUUUAAUUAUGACCGUGCAUGACACGGGACUUAACCUAGUUAUCAUGAUAUUUAUAAACCUGACUAAUUUUUAAUUCAUUACAUGUCAUAAACAUAUAAUUUUGAAAAACAAAAAACCACACUGAUUAAACUCUUAGUUAACUAAUAAGACAAAUCUACCCCUUAAACAUCUCGAACAUUUGAAUCCUAGAAAAAAAAAAACAAUUAAAAAAAACAAAGAAAGAGGUGAUGCAAGUGAAGUUCGGUAUAUUUGUGGGUUUGAACCGAAUUCCGCUUACCAGUCAAUUAGUCAGCUCCCUCCUCACAAGUCCAACAUGCGUCCAACAUUUCCACCCUUUUAACACAUUAAAACAUUCAUAUCAUUACAUUUCCAAUUUUAUCCUUUCAUUCACUCAUUUUCUCUCUCCUCUUUCCGGCGAAUGCCGCUUUUCUCACCGGCGACAUUCUCGCCGUCGUCGGAAACUCCAUUACCGUCGCCUACAUUAUUCUUCUCUAACCUCUGAAUCAACCCUCUUUUUCUCUCUCCUUAAUCCGCCAUUAAAAUGCCGAGUCUAGCUCUUCUCUUCCUUCUUUCUCUCUCUUUCUUCUUCUUCUUCACUACUGUCGCCAUUGACGGAGAUUUAUCCGCGCUUCUUGCCGUCAAAUCCGCCAUUUCUAGUGACCCUUCUGGGGUACUUUCGAACUGGACUGCUAAGACUCACUACUGUGAGUGGCGUGGUGUUUCUUGUGAUUCUUCUAAUGGUAGAGUGGUUUCUGUUAAUCUUACGUUGUUGGGUGAAAAUGGCGGUUCUUCUGUUCUCGCCGGAACCCUAGCUUCUUCCGUCGGAAACUUGACGGAGCUUAGGGUUUUGUCGAUUGCUAAUCACGGGUUUUCCGGCGAGAUUCCGGCGGAAAUUGGAUCUUUGCGGCGUUUAGAGGUGGUUGAACUUCAGGGGAAUAAUUUCUCCGGGAGGAUCCCGCAUGAGAUAAGCAAUCUUACUUCGUUUUCGCUUCGUUUGCUUAAUUUGUCGUUUAAUUUGCUUACUGGGAAAGUUCCGGGCAGUUUAAUUGGGUCUGGGAAAAUUAGGGUUCUUGAUUUGUCUGAUAAUCAGUUGUCUGGUAAGAUUAAUGUGGGUCAUGAUUGUUGGUAUCUUACUCAUUUGAAGCUUUCGAAUAAUUUUCUUGUUGGUGAUGUUCCUGCUGAGAUUGGGAAAUGUAUGAAUUUGAGGACAUUGUUACUUGAUGGGAAUAUUUUGGAAGGUAGUAUACCUCCUGAGAUUGGCCGUUUGUCGGAACUUAGGGUCUUGGAUGUUUCUAGAAAUAGUCUUACGGAUACGAUUCCGAGGGAGCUUUGUAAUUGCCGGAAGUUGGCUGUUCUUGUGCUUACCAACUUGGUUGAGUAUAGUGAUGAUAGAUCGUUGGAUAUUUUUAGGGGUGAGUAUAAUGCGUUUGUGGGAGGUGUUCCUGAAGAGGUAUUUAUGAUUCCUGCUUUGCAGGUGUUAUGGGCGCCUAGAGCAAAUAUUGGCGGUCGCUUGCCUUGGAAUUGGACUAAGUAUUGCUCGUUAAGAGCUCUGAAUUUGGGUCAGAAUUAUAUUGAUGGUAUUAUACCGGAGGGUAUUGCAAUGUGUAGAAAUUUGACUUUUUUGGAUUUAAGUUCAAAUGGUCUUUCUGGAAACUUCCCUUUGCAGCUUCAAGUCUCAUGCAUGGUGUAUUUGAAUGUUAGUUGGAACUCACUUUCGGGUCUUCUUCUGCCAUCCGAUAAUCAUAAUUGUGGUGGAGGAGUGAACUUGAAGAGGGAUGAUUUGUAUUAUCUUGAUGAAGAAGAUAUUGAAAAUGUUUACUUCCGUGUCAAUAUGUGGGAUCCUGAAUCGAAUGUCCAAUAUGGUGUAAUGUCAGAUGAUAGUCUGGUGAUAAAACAUGAUUUUGGGAGGAACAAAUUCACUGGUUCAUUGCCUUUAUUUUCUUUGUCAGCUGGGCUGUUCGUUCUCAAUGGUAAUGUAUCAUUUGAGCUUUUGCUGAAUGAAAAUGGCUUCAAUGGGUCUCUUCCUGGCAAGUUGUUAUCUGGUUGUCAAAAUGUUCGUGGUGUUUAUGUGAAUCUGACUGCUAAUAAGUUAUCUGGGGAGAUAUCCCGUACGCUACUUCAGGAUUGUUUGGAGCUAAAAAGUUUUGAAGUAGCCCAGAAUCAUAUGUGGGGGUCAAUUUCAUCAGAUAUCAAUAACUUGAAUAUGCUUAGUAAUCUUGAUUUAAGAGAAAACCAGUUAUCUGGGCCUCUACCUAAGCAGUUGGGAGACUUAAAAUCUCUGAAAUCACUACUUCUUGGCAGGAAUAACUUUACUGGGGAGAUUCCUCCACAACUUGGUGAAUUGACUAACCUUGAGGAUUUGGAUCUGUCCGAAAACAAUCUCAAAGGACCAAUUCCUAGUGCAUUGGCAAAUGCAAGCAAUCUAAAAGUUCUUUUGUUGGAUCACAAUGUGCUUACGGACGACAUACCUUGGUCAUUCUCAUCCUUGUCCCAUCUUGUGGAGUUGGAUGUUUCAUUUAACAAUCUCACUGGUCAUAUUCCGCACCUACAGAAUAUAAGUGAUUGUGCAAGCUUCAAGGGUAAUAAAUUUCUGCACUCAUGUCCUGAUCCUUAUUCGGUACCACCAGCUGGUCUCCCAGUUCCCCUUGAAGUUGAGAAAGUGCACCAUCGAAGAAAAAUAAAAUCCUUGAUAAUUGCAGCAGCGACUUCUGUCUCAGUUGUAAUUGUCGUUAUCCUAGUGAUAGUGCUUGGGUUUGUUUUUGGAAGAAAAAAGCUGGGUAGACUCUCUUGCCUGAGAAGAAAGGUAGUUGUGACUUUUGCUAAUACUCCAGUAGAAUUGACUUAUGAUAAUGUGGUUAGUGCAACUGGAAAUUUUAGCAUUCGGAACUUGAUUGGUACUGGUGGGUUCGGAUCGACUUACAAGGCUGAACUUGUCCCAGGUUAUCUUGUAGCUGUUAAAAGGUUGUCCAUAGGCAGAUUCCAAGGAAUCCAACAAUUUGAGGCAGAGAUUAAGACUUUGGGGAGAGUUAGACAUAAGAAUCUUGUAACCCUAAUUGGAUACUAUGUAGGAGAUAUUGAAAUGUUUUUAAUAUACAAUUAUCUUUCGGGGGGAAACCUUGAGACAUUCAUACAUGACAGAUCAGCAAACAAUGUCAAAUGGCCUGAAAUAUACAAGAUAACAGAUGAUGUAGCUCAUGCCCUUGCCUACCUUCACUAUUCAUGUGUUCCUCGAAUAGUUCAUAGGGAUAUCAAGCCAAGCAAUAUUUUGCUGGAUGAGGAGCUUAAUGCCUAUCUCUCUGACUUUGGGUUAGCUCGGUUGCUUGAAGUUUCUCAGACCCAUGCCACAACUGAUGUGGCAGGCACAUUUGGUUAUGUGGCACCAGAGUAUGCAACCACAUGUAGGGUUUCGGACAAGGCUGAUGUUUACAGCUUUGGUGUUGUGCUUUUAGAAUUGAUGUCAGGGAAGAAAACUCUUGAUCCAUCAUUUUCUGAAUAUGGUAAUGGGUUCAAUAUUGUUGGAUGGGCCAUGUUACUGAUGGACGAGGGGAGGUGUUCUGAGUUCUUCUACUCGGAAUUAUGGGAAGCAGGGCCUGAAGAGAACUUGUUGAAGAUGUUGCAGCUUGCUUUGUCAUGUACUGUAGAGUCGCUUGCUAUUAGGCCAUCAAUGAAACAGGUUCUUGAAAAAUUGAAACAACUGAGUUCCUGAUGGCAUCCCGUCAAUGAAACAGGUUCUUGAGAAAUUGAAACAACUGAGUCAUGGCACAAUGUGUUGUCCAAUCAAAAGCAUCGUGGUGUACCUUGUGAUAGAUCCACUUGUUAAAAAUCCAUUCUUGAAAUCAAGCCCUGAAUUGUAGACGAAUUCAGCUGGAGGCAAUGGAAAUAUCAGAAGUCAGGCAGGAGACCAAGUUUUUCUGUUAAGAGUACUUUGGCUCUCUAAAAUAAACCUCUAUUUCUUCCACCAUGCUGAGAUGUAUCUGACAAUUUUGGUCACUUAAUGGUGUGGGAUUUUGUACUCGUCCCUUGCCAGGGACAAUCCCUGUUUAUCUAUUCAGCAUGAGAUGGUGACCCACAUACAGCAGCAGAGCGUGGUCAUCAAAUAUAUAAUCUUAUGAGAAUUGCAAGUCAAAGAUGUGAAACAGCAUGAGAACUCUUGGAUGCAAUAUGUUGAGGAGAAUGAAAGGCAAUGUGCUGUCAGCUUUGCUGAAAAUGAUCAUGGACAGUAGGUAAUCUCUCCUCGUCAAUGUCAUGAUGCAUUAACUUCACAUCCACUAAGCAUUUUAGUUUGCCUCAGCUGUUAGACAUUAAUACUGGUGAAACUGAUUCCAUGAUUAAUCCCUUGGAUAAAAGCUAUGAGCCUACGACCACUAAACUUCCAGGAGAGCCAUUGUGUUGUAUGGUGAUAAUAAGACCAGCGCAUUGAAGAGGACCUGUUACCUGCAGUAUAAAUUUUAAAUAAAUGGCCUGCAAUCUAAAGCUUUUAUGUUUUCUCUAGCCGGCAGAGAAUCUGAAGUCUGCAGUUUUAUGUAUGGCAGACAGGUUUCCAGCUAGUUCCCCUGUUACACCCUGUAUGGUUGUAAUUUGUUUAAACUUGACUCGUGACCUCAAAGAGCUUUGUCUAUUACUAAAUUACUAAGUACCAUUUUUGUAGCCUGAUGCAGAGUUUUGCACAGAUGUGUUUCUGCCAUCAGACCAUCAAUUGCAAAAUGGCAUGUGAUGGUUUAUCUCUGCAUAUGCUGUUUAAUUUCGUGUUUUCAGGCUAAGGAAUCAGUUGAAAAUUCCAGCGUGCCCAUUAUGCUGUAGCCAAUUUCAUUUACUCAAGUUGUAAGCUGACUUAUGUACAAAAGAUUAGAAAAGCAAAAGACUAUUAGCCAAGAACUCUCAUAUAAAUGCAAACAGAAAAAUGUUUCAUUUGGAUUA